AUGCGGGGCGCUGGGGCGGCUAGCGCUCGCGACUGGCUGUCGCAGGAAGUGACGGGCCAGCGACACACGGCAGUCUGGACCGACCUGUGGACUGCCGCCACCAACGUGGACUACUUGCUGGGCGGGUGCAGGACCCAGUCCGAGCUGCUCACCCGCCUGGCGUCCGACGAUGCGCUGGAGCUGCACCUGAGGCGGCUAGCGAGCUACGUCUACGAGAUGCGGACGAAGGACAAGGUGGGUGCGGCGGCCAUGCUGGCCGUGCGCCCGCCCGGGUCGGCCGCCGACUUAGCUCCCACAUGGCUGGUGGCCGAGGCCACGACCCGCAGCAAGGCUGAGCACCAGCGUGACGAGAGGGUCCACGCCGCCAGCAAGCACGACAACCGAGGUGCCCCGCGGCCGCGGGUGCAGCCUAGAAUGCCAGUGACGGGGUUGCCUGGCUCGCUAACGCGGGCCCUGCAGUGGAAGGAGGCCGAGGCCAGGUUGAGGACGCGCCGGGCUCGGCGCAUGCGUGUGUGGCGUCGGGCCUGUGGGCUCAUCGAGCUCAUGAACGGGAUGGACCGCGGAUCCCUGGAGGCGAGACCAGCGGGCCAGCGUGAGCCGAGCAACGACGACAUGAUGCUGGCCUGGCAGCUCGUGCAGCAGUAUGCGUCACAGGACGCAGCGCGGUACGAGCGCGACUGCCGGGGGCUUGCCCCGACAGGCGGUCGAGGGGCGGAUCUUGCCUGCGACCGAGGACCGCAGGAUGCCUACACAGGAGAGCGCAAGGGUGCGAGCAGGGCGCUGCUGGGCGUGGGCGCUCGCUUGGGGGCGCUCGCGGGCGCCGCGGAGCCCGCCGUGUGCGGGGCCAGCGGUGCGCCGCGCGCCUCGCCGCCCGAGGACGGGGGGCUGGAGGCGGACGACCUGGGGGAUGCCGGACCUGAGGACGCUCAGCAGCAUCGCUACGACGACGACUGGCUCGGGCGGCAGUCCAGCUGCCGUGCCGCGCCGCCUAGCCCGUCGGGCUACAGCGUGGCGGAGUGGCUAGAGGCGGUGAGGCGGGCGAAGCGGGACGACGAGCGUGCGAUGGUGGCGAUGCAUCUCUUUGCUGGCCGUCGGCGGCGGGGCGACGUCCAGGAGGUGGUAGAGAGGCUGGCGAUGGAGCGGAGCCUGAGGGUGCUCUUUCUUUCUGCCGAUCUCCUUGACGACCCGCGGUGGGACCUGGCCAGCCCUCCCACCUUCUCCGCUUUGAUGGAGCUGUGCGAAGGCGGCUGGGUGGACGUCGUGCUGGGAGGCCCGCCCUGUUCGACCUGGUCGCGGGCUCGCUACAAUCGUCGCCGACCAGGGCCGCCGCCAGUGCGCUCGCGGCGGUGCCCCUGGGGGCUGCCAGGCCUCAGGGCCUGGGAGGCCGCUAGAGUAGCGGAAAGUAACACCCUGACGCUGAACUUGUUGGCACUCUGCGAGGCGUGCGGCCAGAGUGACGGCGCCUUCCUCAUCGAGCACCCGGAGGACCCAGGGCAGGCGCCCUACCCACCCAUUUGGAACACGACGGAGAUGCAGGACUUCGAGACGAGGCGCUCGUCUCAGAGAGCGCGCCUGGACCAGUGCAUGCUGGGCGGACGGACGAAGAAGCCCACGUGCCUGAGCGGCGCGCUGCAGGGACUGAAGGACCUGGAUGAGCUGCGGUGUGACGGGCCCCAUGCCCACGAGACGGCCGAGGGCAAGUUGGCCGACGGCACCUUCCGCACGAGCCCGCUGGCCCAGUACCCCGAGGGGAUGUGCGAAGCGCUGGGCGCUUUGAUUGUCCAGACCCUGGCCAUCUUCGAGCAGACCGGUCUGGGCGGCACCGGGUGGCGAAGGCCGCCGGAGGCCGACAGGUCGGUCACCGCCUGGAGCUCGCGGAGCACUACGGCACCAGCGGUGGCCGUGCGGAACGAGGACGUGCUUCGCGGCCGUGGGCUGGUGCUGGACGGGCCGCAGAUGGCCUUCUACCUGCGCGUCGACGACGGGGUGGUGAUGGCCGGUGGCAGCGGCUGUGGCCCACGGGCCACAGAGAAGAUGCACCAUCUCGCGGAUGCCCUGGCCGAGGCCGGCUUCGUGGUCACCGACCGCACGGAGGCUAGCGACAUGCAGAAGGUGCUGGGCUACGCGCCACAGGCGCGCCCAGCGCAGCUGCGCUUGCCCCCGAAGAGGGCGCGGGAGCUGGCGCGGCAGCUGGAGGAGAUGGGCGCCGCCCGCACCCUCCACACCGAGGAGCUGCGCUCGCUCUUGGGGGCGUGGAUCUGGGGCGCCCUGCUUCGGAGGGAGCUACUAUGCACACCCAGCGCCGUCUUCGGGCUCCUGGAGAGGCACCCGCACCAGCGGGUGUGUACCUGGGCGAGCGUCCGCAGGGAGCUGCGAGCUAUGGCGCAGGUAGUCCCGUUGAUGUACGCCGACCUGGGAGCCCCGCCAGCCCCCGUGUAUUUCGCGGCGGACGCCAUGGGCGCCAACGUGGAGGACGACGGCGGCUGGGGCAUACUGGUGACCGACAUGAGCGAGGACAUCGCGAAGGACUUCAUCGACACGGGCGGCAACUUGGGCUACACCGUGGCGCGGCUGGACGGCGAGCUCACUGGACUGCGACGGCCCGAGCAGGUCAUCCGACGGACGAAGCCCUUCAGCCUCCUGCCGGAUCGCGUGUUCAAGCCCGACGAGGACUGGACGAUCGUGGGCGCGGGGAGGUGGCGGACGGCCGACCACAUCACGCUGGGCGAGGGGCGCUGCGUCGUGAAGAUCAGUAGACUGGCGGCCGCCACUCCGGCCCUCCACCGCACCGUGCUGCCGAUCCUGGAGGACAACCAGCCAGUCUCGGGCGCGGCAUGCAAGGGCAGGAAGCUGGACAGCACUUCUGUUGAGAAGGUUAAGCCGCACACCCUGGCGGCUUACAGGGCAGCGGCUAUGAAGUUCGUGACCUACCUGGACGAGCACGGCUUCGUCCCCGACGGGCCCGAGCAGUGGGACGACCUGCUUGUCGAGUACAAGAACGACAUGCAGAUGACCAAGUGCAAUUUCGAGUACGCCGUCGCGGCGGUGGGGCUCCUCUUUCCCUAUUCUCUCGUCGACUACAGGCUUCGGCUCAAGCAGUUUGAAGCAGCCUUGGGCCUCGACAUGCACUGGACGCCUCACUCGGCGCGCGCAGGGUUCGCCAGCGAUUCCGUGGCUCGUGGUGUCCCCUUCCAGGACAUCAAGGAGGCAGGACGGUGGCUCACGGAGUCCAGCCUCCGCAUCUACGUGGACGUUGUCACCGCCUCCAGGGUCCUGGCUCAGGCUGAGCAGCGAGGAAUCGCACCGCUCAUCCGCGAGGCGGCCGAGAAGCUGCCCAACUACUUCCCGGAGGGCAUCUUCGGCGAGGGUCAGGGCAUCCAGCGUGCCGCCAGCGGGCUGGCGCAAGGGCCAGGACGGCUCCUGGGCUGCGGAGGGAGUCCCUCCAGCGCCGCUGGCGGGGGGCCGCCGGGUGGCCUCGCCAGCGCCCCGAGCGGCGCCAGCCCAGCCGCCUGCGCCAGCACUAGGUGGUGCGGACGAUCAACCUCGCGAGGAGUGACGUGGGCGGCGGUCGCCGCGAUGCUGAUCGGGUGGCGCUACAUGGCUGGGCCGCUGACCCACGUCGGGACCAUGAUGGGCGUCGUGGCCAGCGUAUCUGUCUCGGCAGGCAAAGUGGUCGACAGCAGCCUUGGGGCAGUCAUCACGGCGGCACAAGGCGUGUCAGACUUCGCCGUGACGUCGUCCCGCAGCUCGGCGAGCCUCCUGCAGGAGGCCUGGCGCGGAGUGGACAUCACCAACCUUCACGUCCGCCAGCGCCACGCCGAGCGGCUCGCGGACGACCCCGAGAUCUUGCAGGACUGCAUCCAGCGCGAGUUCCUGACAGGCGAGCCCCGACCGCCUGGAGCCGAGCAGGUCGCCACCGCGAUCGCUGAGGCUUCGGUUACCAUACCUCACAUGUCGGAGAGAUGGCAGAUAAUGAUCUGGCCCAGUCAAUGCCGCGAGCUGCACAUGACACUCGACCUGCUGCCGUCAGGUUUCUACGGAGUCCAUAUGGUCGAGCGAAUCGUGAAUUUCUCGGUCCAGUGGAGCAACCCAGUGUGGAGUAGCCUCGACUGUGACAUCAGCUCUGAGAGGGAUACAGUCGUGGCUCACAUCAACUCCACUUUGGCAGGGCUCCCGCUCCCCGAGAUCCGCUACAUGUCCAUGACUGAUCGUGAAAUCCAA